AUGGAACCAGUUAUAGCGGUCAAUGAUGACCAGGCCCCAAUACAGCGGGUGUUGCGGUCUCCGGAACACUUACAGUCUCCAGAGCAAGAACAUUCCACUCAACUUGAAGAUUCUAUAUUAAGAGUUUUAUCGUCUCCAACAAACUCGAUAGUGGAACUGAUAUCUCCAAUGUACCUACAGUCAACAUCAAAAGAAGGUGGGUAUAAAAGUAUAUACAUUUAUAUUCAAUAG